UUCACUUUGUUUUUGGACAAAGCUGAGCCUGUACUUCAAACAAAAGGAAGCCAAUUACUAACUUCUGGUUGCUAGGUGUGGCCUCCGUUCAAAUCCUAUAAAAUCAGAAGUACAAGGCUCCACUUCUAGACUGCAACCUUCAGAGAAGAGCCUCUCUUUCAUUCUUUAGAAGAAGGUAGAAAAAAGACACUUCUUUGAAAAUGGCAAUGGUAUCAGAAUUCCUCAAGCAGGCCUGGUUUAUUGACAACCAAGAGCAGGAAUAUGUUCAAACUGUGAAAUCAUCCAAAGGUGGUCCUGGGUCAGCCGUGAGCCCCUAUCCUAGCUUCAAUCCUUCCUCGGAUGUUGAAGCUUUGCACAAAGCCAUCAUGGCUAAAGGUGUGGAUGAAGCAACCAUUAUUGACAUUCUGACUAAGAGAAACAAUGCUCAGCGUCAACAAAUCAAAGCUGCAUACCUCCAGGAAAAGGGAAAGCCCCUGGAUGAAAUUCUGAAGAAAGCCCUUACAGGUCACCUGGAAGAAGUUGUUUUAGCUCUGCUGAAAACUCCAGCCCAAUUUGAUGCAGAUGAGCUCCGUGCUGCCAUGAAGGGACUUGGGACUGAUGAAGACACUCUGAUUGAAAUUUUGGCAUCAAGAAAUAACAGAGAAAUAAGAGAAAUUAACAGAGUCUACAGAGAUGAACUGAAAAGAGAUCUAGCCAAAGACAUCACCUCAGACACAUCUGGAGACUUUAGGAAUGCUUUGCUUUCUCUUGCUAAGGGUGACAGAUGUGAAGAUUUGGGUGUGAACGAAGACUUGGCUGAUACAGAUGCCAGGGCCCUAUAUGAAGCAGGAGAAAGGAGAAAGGGGACAGAUGUGAAUGUGUUCAAUACUAUUCUUACCUCAAGAAGCUAUCCCCAUCUUCGUAGAGUUUUUCAGAAAUAUACCAAAUACAGCAAACAUGACAUGAACAAAGUCCUGGACCUGGAGCUGAAGGGUGACAUUGAGAAGUGCCUUACAGCCAUUGUGAAGUGUGCCACAAGCAAACCAGCUUUCUUUGCUGAGAAGCUUCAUCUGGCCAUGAAGGGUGCUGGAACUCGUCAUAAGACGUUGAUCAGAGUUAUGGUCUCCCGUUCUGAAAUCGACAUGAAUGAAAUCAAAGCAUACUAUCAGAAGAUGUAUGGUAUCUCUCUGUGCCAAGCCAUUCUGGAUGAAACCAAGGGAGAUUAUGAAAAAAUCCUGGUGGCCCUUUGUGGAGGAAACUAAACAAUCCAUUGAUGUUCUCAAGCCUUCUCAUCAGAAGAUUGCUGAAUUGUAGCUCUUCAUUCUGUAACAGGGUUAACUAGGAAGGUUUGCUCAGUGGGAUUACAAGUCUUGCUACCUACUUUCUGAAAUAUAUAGCCUAUAAGUCAUUUUUAUAUCACAACUCUGUAUAGUAGAGAGAAACUUUUU